AUGAGCGGACGAGGGGCAGCUGCUGCGGUCAAGUGCUUUGUGGCAGACCUUGUGGGCGGCAGCGGGUCGCGACCGCCCUCCCAGCAGCUUUCGCUGGACGAGCCCGAGCGAGUCUGGGUUCAGGGCGUGGCGGUGGCCUCCGGUGGGCUGAGCGGCGGUGCCUCGGAGGUGCGAGGCUUCGUGCUGGACGAUGGCACGGGUCUACUCCCCAUCGAUGCCCGCAAGCUGCCACCACUAGCCCCUUCUUCCUCCUUACCUUCAUCGACGCCGUCCUCCAUGCCUUGCCCCUUGGGUGCCUAUGUGAUGGUGAUCGGCAGCGUGGGCCGGCGAGAAGACGGCGCCCGGGUCGUGGUGGCUGCCAAGCUGGUCGACCUCUCGCCCGAUCCCAACCGCGAGUCCAUGUGGUACCUCGAGGUCCUCGAUUGCGCCCAACACCUCGCACGACAGCAGUAG